AUGUCACCUGACCGGAAAACGUGGCACUUUUUCCUCGACAGAUUACGCCGUGUUUUGCUCGCAUACUCUGGCGGUCUUGACACCUCAUGCAUCCUGGCGUGGUUGAUCGAGCAGGGCUAUGAAGUUUACGCUUUCAUGGCUGACGUUGGUCAGGAAGAGGACUUCGAAGCGGCCAGAAAGAAAGCACUCAGUGUUGGUGCAAAGAAAUUCUUUUUGGAGGACCUCAAGCGCGAAUUCGUCACACAGUUGAUUUACCCUGCUGUGCAGGCAAACUGCAUCUACGAGAAUGUAUAUCUACUUGGAACUUCUCUUGCUCGUCCUGUUAUUGCUCGCGGUAUGAUGUCCAUUGCAGCCAAUGAAGGUUGCGACUAUGUCUCACAUGGCUGUACGGGCAAAGGGAAUGAUCAGGUUCGCUUUGAACUUGCCUUUUAUGGUCUGAAGCCCGACAUUAAAGUCAUCGCCCCUUGGAGGCUUCCUGAGUUCUAUAAUCGCUUCCCUGGCCGUCAAGCACUACUUGCAUACGCAGCUGAGAAGCAAAUUCCAGUGCAACAGACUGCCGCAAAACCAUGGUCAACUGAUGAGAACCUCUUCCAUAUCUCCUACGAAGCAGGAAUCCUCGAGGACCCGAACACCACACCACCAAAUGACAUGUGGAAGCUCACCGCGUCUCUCGAGGAUGCACCAGCGGAGCCUGAGCAGCUCUCAAUUGAAUUCAAGGCUGGUCUCCCUGUAAGGGUUGUUAUCGCUGACCAAGCCCCUUUAACCGACGCCGUCGACAUUUUCCUCGCACUUAAUGCUGUCGCGAGGAAGCACGGUGUCGGCCGUAUUGAUAUCGUCGAAAACCGAUUCAUCGGCGUCAAGUCUCGCGGUUGUUAUGAGUCGCCUGGAGCGACUAUUUUACGUGUCGCGCAUAUGGACAUUGAAGGUCUCACACUCGACCGCAAUGUUCGUGCUCUCCGUGACCAGUUCGUCACUAUCGAACUGGGCCGCAUUCUCUACAAUGGUCAUUUCUUCACCCCUGAGCGCGAGUUCGUCACCAGCGCUAUUCCAGCGAGCCAGCGCACCGUCAACGGAACAGUGCGCUUGAAGCUCUACAAGGGCAAUGUCGUUGUUAUCGGCCGGUAUUCUGAUGAGGGUCUGUAUGAUGAGCAUCAAUCCUCCAUGGACGAGCUCGGUGGGUUUGAGCCGACAGAUACCACGGGUUUCAUUCAGAUUGAAAGCAUUCGUAUCAAAAAGUGGGGCCAGGCUAAUGCUCGCAAGGGCCAAGCUGGCGUUGAACCAGAAGAUGUUUAUGGAUCCCGCAUCUAGUUGAAUGCCCUGUUUCGGAUCUCAAAGAUGGAAAAAGAUCUCGCUGAUUGUAAAUAGUGUUCUUUUAUUGUAAUACUAGGGUGCCGACAGAUGCCUUACUUGUAUUCAAACCUUCAAUGCAUCACAAACAAUUCCUUUUU